AGCAUAACUAUUUUAAUUGUAUAAAACUCAGCUUACAAUAAUAUAUCAAGUUGGGCAACAUAGAAAUGUCAUACAACAAAGAGUUACAGACCGUACAUAGAGGUACCCCUGUGAGGCCCUUUUUUGUUCUUGUUGAGAAAGGAGAGUUGCCGGGCGGCCACAACAAGAAACCUUGUUAGACAAGUUCUGGGGUCAAUUUACAGUAAAUUGCAGUAAAGGGAGCAGACACGUGGAGCAAGGUUAAUGGGCUGUGACAUCACAGGAGACAGAAAUAGAACAGAGGACUCAGACAAGAGCAGGAGAGAAAGACACAGGAAGGACACUGAGAGUCUUGAGUUAUAGUGUAAUUGUUUUGGUCUUUUGUCUUUUUUUUUUAACACUUUCUACUUUUGCCUAUUCAUCAGGACAUUGUGUCUGACGUGCUUCCCAAAGAAAAGAAAAAAAGGAAGGUUUCCCCCUCAAUAAUAAGGGAAAAAGAGGAAAAGUCACUGAGAUUCUUGAGUUAUAGUUUGUCUUUUCUUCUACACUUUCUACUUUUGCCGUUUCAUCAGGACAAUAUGUGUCUGAAGUGAAGUGCUUCCCAAAAAAUGCAGAAAUAGUUUUCCUCUCAAUAAUAAUAAUAAGGGAGAUAGAGGAAAAGCCUCCAGAAAAGGGAAGCAUUUUGCCCCGGGGCUGUGAAUGUUUGUGUGUGGUUUGGUUUGGGUAGCUCGGCCUGUUUGUUAUGUACACUAAUCUAUAUUGGCCAUGAAGAGUCAGCGACUGGUCAUAACGCCGUCUUAUCAUUAACGCUCAGCUGCCAGUGGAGUGUGGUGGCUUAUCUCAAAAGGCUCUGCUGCGACACUCUCUACUCGCGUCUUUGCUUUCCAUUCACUUUCUCUAAAAUGGAAUUACUUCAAAUAACCAUACUGUAUUUCUGACUGGAACAUUAUGGGAUUUUAUAUAACCAAGCGUCGUCUUCUUAUUCUCCUGUUCGACUGCAACAGUGGAAGUGGAGGCAGUGGAAUGGAAUUUGGAAUUGAACGCAAAAUGGAAUUACUUGGAAUAGCCAUAUUUGUGAUUAGACUGUCCUUUCCAAUGGAGGUGUCGCGUCUUUAGUCUUGGUGCCUGGUGGGUGCGUAGGUUUCAAUAGGUAAACUAGAAGCAAGUACCCAUUCCUUGCUUCUGAUUGAACUGCCCUGGCAUUUUCUAAUAUAACAAAAAAAAAAUGAGUAGUGACUACAUUGACAAGGGACAAACCCUGGUGCAAGUCCUGCCACAGUUCAUCACGCUGGAAGUGUCAUAUUUGUGAUUGAACUGCCCUGACAUUUAAAAUUUAAAAAAAUGAGUGCGUACGUUGACGAGGGACAAAUCCAGGUGCAAGUCCUGCCGCAGUUCAUAACACUGGAAUAGCCAUAUUUGUGAUUGAACUGCCCUGGUAUUUUCUAAUAUAAUUACUACUAAAAAUGAGUAGUGACUACAUUGACAAGGGACAAAUACUGGUGCAAGUGCUCCCGACAUUCAUCACGCUGGAGUUUGUGCUGGGGGUGACAGGUAACGGGGUGGCCCUGUGGAUCUUCUACCACAUGAAGCCGUGGCGGAGCAGCACGGUGUUCCUGUUUAACCUGGCCCUGACCGACUUCCUGCUCAACAUGGCCCUCCCGCUGCGCGCCAGCUACUACCUCUCCGGCAUCGACUGGCGCUUCGGCGACACCGUGUGCCGCGUGUCGCUCUUCAUGCUGGCCAUGAACCGCUGCGGCAGCGUGCUCUUCCUGACGGCGGUGGCGGUGGACCGCUACAUGCGCGUCGUCCACCCGCUCCACGCGCUCAACUCCAUGAGCGUGGGCCGGGCGGUGCGCAUCGCGGGCCUCCUGUGGACCGUCACCAUCACGCUGAACGUCACCCUGCUCACCGAGUCGCGGCUCGUCCGGACCAACCUGACGGUAAAGUGCGAGAGCUUCAACAGCCCGAGCCAGUACUACAGCGCGGUGUUCUUCCUGGAGUUCCUCGUCGCGCUGGGCGUCAUCAUCUUCUGCACGACGCGCACCUACGAGAAGCUGCGCGAGAGGUUCGCCAAGAGCGACACGAGGAUCCGGCGCAUCAUGCGCUGCCUGAACCUGGUGAUGGUGGUGUUCACCGUCUGCUUCCUGCCCUGCAACGUGACUCGCGUGCUCAUCUGGAUGAGGGGCACCAAGAAGCCGUGCGAGUGGGAGAGCGUGGAGGCGCUGGAGAUGGCCUUCUACAUCACCAUCUGUUUGACGUACCUCAACAGCAUGCUGGACCCCGUGCUCUACUACUUCUCCAGCCCGUCUUUCAGGAGGACGUUCAGCCAGCUGGUGGCCGCUAAGGUCAAGCACGGGCUCGGACGGACACGGACGACCGCCACCAAGCGCAAGAGGCCUCAGCGGACGUACGUCAACGAAUUGUUUGCUAAUCUUCAAAACGUGGAAAGUUGUGAUGGGGUGAGGAGAACAGAAGGACGACUACAGCACAGUACUCAGAGUACCAGCGGGAUUUAAACACAUGUACAUUUCAGAUUACUGAAUUGAUUACAGUUACUGUCAUCCAGAGGCAUGUUCAGCCAGCUGGUGGCCGCUAAGCUCAUACACGGGCUCGGGCCGACACGGACAGCCGAGCGCAAGAGGCCUCAAAGGACACAUGUCAACAAAUUGUUUGCUGCUCUUCAAAAUGUAGAGCGUUGUGACGGACAAAAAAAAAACAAAAUGGGUAAGGAGAACAUAUACGGACAACUACAGUAUACCCGGAGU